ACAGGCCUUCUCUCCUCAUCUUCAGUCCAAUUGUCACUUAUCUUGAUAUUUCUUUCUUUUGUUUCUCUCACGGGUCGCUUGCUUCUCUUAUCGUCUUAUCUUUUGGGUUCUGCUGCAUCGCCAAAGUCUCUCGCAGACUUGCCAUUGACACCAUGGGUCGCUUCGCUCUCCUUUCCCUCGCUCUCUUCUCGCUACAGACGCUCUUCCAGGGAUGCCUCGCAGCCGAAACUUCCGCCGAUGAAGCUGCCCCUGCGCCAUCUCUAGCUGUCUCCGUGCAAGCAUCAUUCCCUUCAUCGGAGAUCUUUGGCAUCAAGCUUGUCAAUGGGCAGCCUACACAGGCCUUGCUAGCUUUCACCAACGAAGAAGACGUUCCCAUCACCGUCAACUUUGUGGGAGGAAGCCUUGCGACUCUGGAUGAGCCUUCCCGAAACGUUCGCAAUCUUUCUGCGACGAACUAUGGGGUCCAGAUCCCAGCGGGAGAAACCCAGACCCUGCCCUACAGUCUCACGACUGAAAUGCACCCUCAGGACCUCCGAUUGAACUUGAUCUCUGUUGUCAGCAAGAACGUCACCCAGUUCUUCACCAUCCAGGCUUUCAAUGGAACUGUCAGCGUCGUUGAGCCAGAGACUAGCAUUUUUGACCCUCAGAUCAUCUUCCUCUAUUUCUUCAUCCUCGCCUUCUUCGUGGGUAUCUUCUACUUCUUCUACACCGUUUGGAUUGCCCCCUACUUUCCUCAAAAGCGACGUGGCCGUGAGUCCAAGAAGGCUAUCGUCAAGAAGACAGACCUGGAUGUCCCUUCUCCUGAUGCUGCCGCUGUGCCCACCACUGCCUACAAUUCCGAUUGGAUCCCUGCCCACCACAUCCAGAAGCCUGAGGCUCGUAAGGUCAAAGGCGCACGAUCCAAGUCCCGUGCUUAGAGCACCAAUAUUUCGGUUCAAUUGCAGUAGCGUCUACAGCUUGACUGCUGUGGUAUUAUUGAACUGUUCCUGCCGAUGUGCUACAUACGCUCUUCACGAGACCCAGGAUCGUGUUGAUGGUUCGCUGGAAAUGCGACGACACGAGAUAGGGAAUAUGAAGGGCCCAAUUACUUUCAGAAGUGUUGUAUUAUACAAUUCAAACCUUCGUGGCAAUUUUAUGUUGCCUUCUAUCUGACUGGACAUAUCGUUCGGUCGAAAUAUAGAAAAAUGUGAAUUUAUACGUACGAUGAGUCACACAUGCCCACAAGCCUAUAAUUUUUUCCAUUCUUCAUAUUCUUCCUCGAGAUGCUGCUUGAGUUGCUGGAAUUUAUUCCCAAAGUUUCGAGAACAUCGCCAACAUAGAAAAUCGCGAUUCAAGUAGCCUUCCCUAGUUGGAUGACGCCGCACGUCAUCUGCAGCCAGCGGGAAGUCCUUGAUAUCAAUAAAGAACGGGGUUGAAAAGCUAUUGUAAUGUUUACGGUGUUUUAGCCGGUCACUGUGUCGAUCCACGGACAUGACAUGGAUAUGCAAAUGAUUCAUGGAUGGGUGCGCGUGAAUCCCCGUCAUUAUCUCUUUCUCCCAAUCUCGUCCGGGAGGUAAUUCGUCAGGCGGUGGAUCUUGUUCCAUAGCCUCUCGACGCGCCUUUUCCUGCAACGAGUAUUUUCCGUAUCUUCGUCGUAAUUCCUGAGCUGCUAAUGUACGUAGCUUUUU